AUGCUUUUUGCUCCCAAGUCAGCGUCCUCUUGCCCCUCCAUUGACACCCUUGAUGGCGUCUCCGUUGAGUUUGUCGAUACGUACAAAUAUCUGGGCUUUUGUGCCAGGGUCUCUGCGAGUGCCGACACCGUGAAUAAGUAUGUGGUUGCUAUGCGGGCUCAGGUGGCUCCUCUGACCCAGGACUACAUGGCUCAGUUUACCCAGGAGGCCGAGCAGCUGAAGGCUCGUCUGGAGAAAGAUCUGACCACCGUGAGCACCAGCCUGCAGCCCAUUGCCGAUGAGAUGGUGGCGCAGCUCCAGAGGCAGGUGGAGGAGAUGAAGAAGGAGGCUGCCACCUACGCUGAGGCCAUGGACCCCCAGGCCCUGAAGGCCGCCCUGCUGCAGAAGAGCCAGGAGAUGAGGGAGCAGCUGGACAAGAGCGCGGCCCAGCUGCAGGCCCAGAUGGUGCCCUACACCGAGGAGAUCAAGGAGAAGAUGGAGAAGAGCCUGGAGGAGUUCCAGAGGAGCAUGGUCCCCCUCACCCAGACCUUUGAGACCCAGGUGAGCCAGAAGACCCAGGAGAUCCAGCAGAACCUGGCCCAGAGAGGAGAGGAGCUGAGGGCCCAGCUGGACGCCAGCGCUCAGGACCUGCAGAGCCAGCUGUCCGUCCUGCUGGAGGCUUUCACCCAGAAGACCCAGUAA